CAUUCGCAGCCCUGGCUGGCUGGCUGUGCCCGGUCCUCCUCGCUCAUUCUUCUUCACCUCCUUCCUCCCUCCCUUUGCUCUAAGGUGCCUCUUGAAGCCCUCAGGAGCGGGGCAGCAGCUGCAGUUCCCAUGGAGUAGCAGGCUCUGCCCUCGAGAGCGACUUCGCAAGUCCCUGCCGGCCUCUCCUGCCCCCCCACUUGCCAGCCUGAGAGAGCCUCCCCCCACAUCUUCUCUCCACUCCCCCCACCCCAAGACCCUGCUCAUCAUCUGGAUUGACAGACAGACCAUCAGUCGUUGGCCGCUAUGCUGCUUUGAAGGAGUAUGACUCUAUGAUCUCGGUCUCCUGGCUUUUAGCAGAUCUUCAAAAGGAGCAAAGAUAUGCUGUGAAACUGGACUUCAGGUUUCUGCAAAACAUUUGCACUUGGUCUUGCCGCGCCAAGACUCCAGAGAGACUACCAACAAAGCCACGAUGCUCCAUGAAGUAACCCUGUGGCUGUUGCUGGUGGUUGGCAUCUCCACGGUGACUGGAGGGGGAGCUGGAGGUGGUUAUGGGCAGAUCAAAUACAUGCAGCCUGUGGUGAAAGGACCUCUCGGCCCUCCAUUUCGGGAAGGCAAAGGGCAGUACAUAGAUAUGCCACCACUGCUGCCGAUGGACCUGAAAGGAGAACCUGGACCUCCUGGAAAGCCUGGCCUAAGAGGACCUCCUGGCCCACCUGGCUACCCUGGGAAACCCGGCAUUGGCAAACCAGGGCUCCACGGCCAACCAGGCCCCGCAGGCCCGCCUGGCUUUUCUGGCAUUGGCAAACCAGGCAUCCCAGGGCUCCCUGGCAAGGCAGGUAUGAAAGGGAUGCCUGGAAUUAAUGGUGAGCCGGGCAUGAGAGGAGACCAAGGGCCACGAGGCUUGCCAGGCCCUCCAGGAGUGCCUGGACCAGCUGGCAUUUCUGUGAACGGAAAGCCAGGCGCAACAGGAAGCCCAGGCCUGCCAGGAUUCCGGGGGGAGCCUGGGGCCAAAGGAGAGCCCGGUCCCCGUGGCGAGCGUGGCAUGAAGGGUGAAAAUGGAGUUGGGAAGCCAGGGUUGAUAGGGCCGCGGGGAAACGGAGGCCCCCCAGGCCCUGCAGGACCUCCAGGGCCACAGGGAAUUGGGAAACCUGGACUUGAUGGGUUGCCUGGUGCUCCAGGUGGCAAAGGUGACCUGGGGCUUCCAGGAGAGCCAGGGCUCAUUGGGCAGCCUGGCCCUAUGGGCCCACGUGGCCCGCCAGGUGUGGAUGGAAUUGGUGUGCCGGGGGCAGCUGGCGUGCCUGGACUGCAAGGGCAUAUGGGCCCCAAGGGAGAACCUGGUCACCGUGGCCUCCCUGGCAUGCCUGGGCCUACAGGGUACGGGAAGCCUGGGCUGCCUGGCUUAAAGGGAGAUCGUGGGCAACCAGGUGUGCCAGGAAUCAGCGGAGAAAAAGGGGAGCCCGGAAUGGAUGGAGAGCCAGGUGAAAUGGGUCCCCCUGGUAUCACUGGGGCCCCUGGGAUUCCUGGCUCUAUGGGUAUGCCAGGUAAACAUGGCAUUCCAGGCCCUAAAGGUGAAGCUGGACCAAGUGGGCCUGCGGGGCUACCAGGUAUGCGUGGGGACCAAGGGCCUAGCGGUUUUGUGGGGAAGCCAGGGAUUCCUGGGGAGCGAGGAUUGCCUGGACCACAAGGGAUGCCUGGCCCAAUGGGCCCCAAGGGGGAAGGUGGAUUUGCUGGUCUCCCUGGGGUCCCAGGGAUUACAGGGCCCAUAGGCCCCAAGGGGGACGCUGGUAUUCCAGGGCAACCAGGCCUCAGAGGCUCAUCAGGGAUACCAGGUCUGCAAGGCCCUUCUGGUCCAAUGGGGCCCCAAGGUUUACCAGGACUGAAAGGAGAGCCUGGCCUCCCAGGCCAACCAGGAAAUGGCAAAGUAGGGGAGCCGGGUAUUGUGGGUCCCAGUGGGCCACCAGGGGUUCCAGGAAAUCCUGGAUUAAAUGGGCUUCCAGGACCACCAGGGCCACCUGGACCCCCAGGAGCCCCCGGGAUGUUUGAUGAGACAGGGAUUGCUGGCCUCCACUUGCCAAAUGGAGGUGUAGAGGGAGCAGUUCUGGGGAAUGGCAAGCCUGGGAAGCCGCAGUUUGGCCGAGGGGAACUAUCUGCCCAGAUGGUACCUGCCUUCACUGCCAUCUUAACAUCACCAUUCCCAGCCUCAGGAAUGCCAGUAAAAUUCGACAGGACUUUGUACAAUGGUCACAACGGCUAUAACCCAGUGACAGGAAUCUUCACUUGUCCCAUCUCUGGCAUCUAUUACUUUGCGUAUCACGUGCACGUUAAAGGAACUAAUGUCUGGGUGGCACUUUACAAAAACAACGUGCCUGCCACCUAUACCUACGAUGAAUACAAAAAAGGCUACUUGGACCAAGCUUCCGGUAGUGCAGUGCUUGAACUCAAAGAGAAUGACCAGGUCUGGAUCCAAAUGCCAUCGGAUCAGGCCAACGGUCUGUACUCCACUGAAUACAUCCAUUCAUCUUUUUCUGGAUUCCUUCUCUGCCCUACAUAACAGCUGUUGGGCACACCUCCUUUAAUCCACUGUAGCCAUAAACUUGUCCGUUAAAAAUAAAAUAAAAAACAGUGUCACUGGGAAGAUGGUGAAAACCAAUGGUGUGUGGAACCAUUUUGACCAAGCUGAGAAGAUAAUUUGAGAGAGAAAACUUUGCUGUUGUUUUCAGUACCAUCUUUGUAUUCAGAAUUUAGUUUACCCUAGUGACUGCACAUCGACCACAGAUGCUAACUUGAGGAUUAGCUGCCCGUCAAUUCUCUUAGGAUGCACGGAAGGCAUGUGAUGGACAGCAGCACUCGGGGAUCUGCAGGUUGUGUGACGUAUCAACUUAAGACAUCACCUUCCAAAUUUAGCAUUUGUUCACUUUUAAUCUUUCUGCUCUGAAAGUGUGAUUCAAGUCAGUCAAAUUGUGACAAAGUGAUGAAUUAUCAAAUUGUGGAAUGCUUUGCAUGAGCACCUUUUACACAAUGCUUAACACAUCUUUAAAUCAUGCCAUCAGAGGUAUAUGGGGAAAGGGAUGGCAAGUGAAACAUAUUCCAAAGCCAGAGACUUUUGUGAUCCUCUACAAAAACAGGACUCCCUAAAGUGCACAUGCUUGAUAGUCCCUAAGCAAAUCAAGUAGCUAAAUAUCCUUCACGAGUCAGCAGCCUAAAGAGAUAGUUCUAUGAACGCUGUUGUCUGACAAAACCAGUGUAAAGGCACUGCAGAUAUAGGUUCAGUUGCUACUAGCUUGACUUGUGUUAUCUUCAAAGUGCCAGUUAAGAGACCAUUUUUUUCAGGAUGUGUAAACUUAUUUGUUGUUCAGGGUGGUGGAAGUACCCAACCACCAUAAAAAUGUUGAUUUUUUUAAAAAAAAGUAGAUUUCAUGGUAACUUUCCAUUCAAUCAUUUCUACAACGGUGCUAUUAGCUACUUAAUGUUAUUCAGUAUAGUGCAAUAUCUAUUAAAAAGGUGCAAAGUGUUGUGUGCAAAGAUUUAUGUGAUUUUGGAAAAGAAUAAUUUGUCUUUUCUUACCACUUUCUCUCAAUAAUGCUUGAAAUGUCACCUGCCUUACAAGGUUAUUCACAGAUUUUGGGAUAACUGAUCAUGUGUACAGUGCUUUCAGAAGUGGUAACGCAUACCCUUAAAUUGCUGAAGAGUGAGCUCUCUCAUCUUGGAGAAAUAAUAUGCUGUUUUGGUGAUACCACAUAAAAAUAAGCAAGAGCCUCUUACUGUUUAGGCCUCUUAUGAAGAAAAUAGAUGGCAUUAAUCCAGUUCAUAGUUCAAAGAGCUUCUUUUCAAGUGUCCAGGAUGCCACCAAUACGGCGAGAGUGGCUUAGUUCAAUUUCCCAGGUUUAAUGUAGAUAAAGGUAUUUAAACAUUAAAAUGCAGUGAACUUUAAAUUUGUGAACAAGUAUUCUAGGGCGACAGUUGAGAGAGAAAAAAAUAAUCACAUUUUGGUUUGUAAAAAUAACUAACACUGAUAGAUGGAUGCUGGAGAAUUGAAAUUUAGGUCACCUGCUAUUUCAGUUGCGCUGCCAACUGCCUCUUCUUCUUUCCUUCAUUUAACUUAAACUUGUAUGAUUUAGACACAAGCAAAAGAAUAGGCCCAAGAUUUCUGAUUCCAUCUGAUGUUUUCUAAAUUCCUGGAGAGGACAAGAAUGCCAAAGGCACACUCUGCUUGCAAUAACAUCUUUGGUUUCACAUUGGGUCACCACAGGCUAAAACUGAAGAAGCCAAGUGCACACAUUUUCUACGUGCCUAAUAUUGGAAGAAGGCUUCCAAGAGACUGGUGCUCUAAAUUCAAGUCUAUUUUCCUGUGAAGUAGAAUAUUAAGCUUCCAUUUUUAACACCAUCAGAUCUAAGAAAAUGUGCUACUAUUUAAAAGUCAGAUUGGCAGAGAUUGAAAGUGUGGUGGAUAAGUACUCUAACAGCAGCAGAGAAUCACAUAAACCCCAGAAUUGCUCCUGGGUGUGUUGGUACACAAUUUAUUUAUACUGUGUUCUAACACAGAUAACCUCUUUUUUCAGCUCCUUUGGAGAUUCAACAUUUGUGAUCUGGCUGGUAAGACAGAAAACACAAUGACAAAAAGCACAUUUAUCUCCAAACUAAAUUGUUCUGUUUCAUGGGUGCUGUUCUGCAGCCUCACUCUUCUCUUCUCCCAUACAGGGCAUAACCCUUCUGCAUUUAUACAACUUUUUAAACUUCUUAAUAUAGAGGCUGUUAUUACACAUAGGAAAUGAAGUGUGGAAUGAAGAGGCUGAUUCGCAAGUCAUGAGUUAGCUUUUUUUU